AUGGCGAACCCCCGCCAGCGCCGUAAAGCGCGUUCGGGGACCAACAAAGUCAGCAACAGUAAGAAGAGCGUCAAGAACAAGCACAAGGUGAUCGUGAAAGGGCCGCAGGUGUUGGUCGAGAAUUGGGACAAGACGUGAGUUGUGAUUCGAUUCAAGGCCAGGGGGUGGAGGUUUGGGGUUGGGGUCAGGGGUGAUUGAGAUUGCUGAUACUUUUUUGGUGUGUUUUGGUGUACGGUCCGGGGUUGGGCUUUGGAGGUACAUAGAAAGACGGUGCGACAAAAGUGAGUCAUCUCAAACUUCGUUCUCCCUCCAUCUCGGUCGAGGAGCAGAGGCAGAACGAUCCAACAUCCUUUUCCUAUUCCGCAAUCCUCUUCCAAAGAGUUAUUAAACAAGUCACUGAUCCCAACGUGCUCACAUCGACAACUGCCCCCUUAAGCUACCGAGCCCUCGGCCUCCUACCCGCCCUGAACCCUCGUCAAGCCGGUGGAUUGGAACCGCUCGAAUCUACCCCCUUCGCCUUGGAUCGCAUGACCGAAGCGACGAUGCAAGAUUUGGAAACCUACGACCCCGAACAGGAUGGUGAAUCCGAUGAGGGGGAGGAGGGGGAAGAGGGAGAGGGGCAGGGGAUCGUAGAGAAGAAGGAGAAGGCUUUGGUACCUGGGUUGGGGAGGAUCGAAAGGGAUCCUGUGACGGGCAAGGCGCUGAGGAUCGUUUUACCGGGUGUGAAAGGGGGCCCCGAGAUCGUACAAGAGGUCAAAGCUGUGGACCGGUCAAUGCACGAUCAAGAGGAUGAAGACGAGGACGAGGACGAGGACGAGGACGAUGUGGAGGAUGGGAAGAAGACGCCUUGGGGCGAACCGAUGAAGAAUUGGGACGAGGAUGAGUGGAUGGGCAUCGAGGAGGAACAAGAGGCCGAGAUGAUGAACGAGGGUAAACAGGGGAUACCGAUUGGCAAAGGCGCAAAGAGAAAAGGACCCGUCGAGCCAAAGACCGAAGUCGUAAAAAGUCAGUUCCGAUCGCCAAAGUGGUGGGGAGUUACCCCAGAGUGAGUGGACACUGACACAUCUGGUUCAAUUCAUUCGCGAUGCAGCCCUGGAAGCUUUGGCAGCUACCGAAACCAAGGUCGUUCGACAUACGUCCGAGUUCGAAUACGAUUGGCUCGUCGCGUUGGUCAAAAAGUACGACGACGAUGUCGACCGCAUGACCCGCGAUCGCAAGGCGAACGUGUGGCAGAACACGAAGGGGGAGAUCAUGAGGGCGUGAGUUGAACUUUUUCUUCUUGGUUUUUUAUGGCUGGUUCUCGAGAUACUGAUUGUGAGGGUCGGCCGCUUCUGCAUUUGAUCCUGAUUCUUGCAGGGUCAGGAAGGCCGGUGGAUUCGAGACACUGAGACGGUUGGCUCAGGACGAGGAGUAG